CACUACAUAACAAUUUAGGACCAUAAUCAAAAUGUAAGAAAAAAUCCAAAAUUAACGUUCGAUUUUGUAGGUCAUUAUUACUAUUUAUAAAGUUGGGUUAAAUGUGAUUAGCAUUUUAAUAGCUAUCACAAUGAGGCCCUUAUAGAUGUAACAGUGUAAAUUAUUAUUAGUUCGCAUAAUGGAUUCUCCACUAUCGCCGAAUCCUGAUGCUGAUAUAAAUAAUAUGCGUUCGUUUUACUUUAAAAUCGAAAACGACAUGUCGUGUCCGUCUACAUUAAAAAACAAAACUACCUUAGUCAAAUACACCAAAUUGCCAGACUACGACUUUGAUUCAAAAGUUUGCCAAUCAUUAAAGCCGCGACUCCGUCGAAUUAUGGAAAUAGAUCACCCUCAACUGCAAACUAGUCGAUCUCUCAAACUUGGCGCCGUAUCCGAUACUAAAAUGAAUUCAAACACCAAACGAAAGAUUGUAUCCAUAUCUGAAAAUGAUGAGGAUCGAGUUACUCCUCAUAUUGGUAAAGUUCUGCAGUCUUCAAAUAGGUCAUCUAGGACAACCCUACAAGAUGAUAAGAGUGCUGGACAUAAAAUUAUUGUAAAAUCAAAUCAAGCUAAAUUAGGUUCACAAACAACAAACAGGUCUUCAGAGACAAACCAAAAGGACAACAAGAGUGUAUUACAUAGAAACUGUUUGAAAUCACCUACUACAGACAAAAGUCCACGGGUAACACCAGCAUCUAAGAUGAAUGUUAAAACAAACAACAUAACGAAUAAGAGGGACUUUAGUAGUCGUAAACCUGUCUUAAAUAGUAAACAGGCAAUAGUUGUUAGCAAUCAUUCUAUACACGACAAUAUUAGAACCAAAAGUACCAAAGACAAAGAACAAGGAAGACCCAUCAAAAGCACGCCUAGAGUAAAUUUAAGCAAAAAUUUAUUAAUUCCCCAUGAAACUGAUGAACUUGUAAUUGCUAUGAAUAAUGAUUAUGAUGAUCAUUCAAACAAAACAACCUCUUCAAAACGUAUUUUAGAGAAGAACCGUUUUAAUAGUAAAUCACCUCAACAUCACACUGUACUUAAAAUAAUAAAUAAGGUUUCGUUAGGAAACCCCAUCCCGGUAAUUCGUGUGCCUAUUGACAGUUGCCAUGAAAGUGAACAGACGCAGAUAGGAUUUGAAAAGACUAUGUCUGUUCCGGUGCAGGAGCGGCCAGUCAGUCGAAUCCAAACUUCCAUUGAUUGCUGCACUGAUAUGGAUCACAAUUUCCCCCCUAGAGAUGCCAAUGUAGGAACUCCCCCAUUACCCGUCAUGGUUAACGAACAAACAGAGACCUCAGACAAUAGCACAGGAGUCUUUGACAAUCUCGACAUACCUAAUGUUACACUAUUAAAGGACAAAAGUAUUUUUGCCAAAGAAGAGGUAGUCAGCUUCUGUAGUCGCUCAAUGCCUAAUUUAAAAAUAAGUCCAGAGAAAGAGAGCUCUGACGAACCGGUCAGUGGUGGAAAAGCUAAGACCUACAUAAUCGGUCGUGCAACGUUCACAUACACGACUAAACAAAAAAUAAACUUCCACGUGGUCGGCAGCAGCGACGACAGCCAAUCUAAUCAAUCGCCUAGUCCCUUAGCGUAUCCAUUAAAUGUGAUGUCACUUCUGAAAAAGAAGAUUAACCAGUGUGACAUCUCCGAGAGUUCAGAAGAUUUAACCAAUAAAAGAAAUAAUUGCCAUAAGAAGGUUGAUGAACUCCAAGCACUCGCUUGUCCUGACGUUUUUAAUAACAACAAAUUGGUGAAACCAUCGGACCUAAUCAGCACAAUUAGAGUUAAUAAUGGGUUGUUACACAACGAUUACAUAUGUGAGCAGUUCCAAAGGGAACUUCAUUUUAUCGAUUCAUUUUUUGAAUCAUUACAGUAUUUGGAAAAUUGUUCCUUAUCCGAAAAAUGUUUUUCUGAAGCGGCCAGCGACAACUGGGUUAGCAAAUCUAGGUUCGAUCUGAAGAAUUCGGAAUAUAACUCUUUCUUGUCCAAGCUGGAAAGCGGCGCUGGCGUUUUAGCGAAUGUUGACGAUAUCGAAACAAUGGCAUCAAAAAGUCUUUGUCUGCUUAAUUUACUAAUUCGCAAUGAACAAAGGCGCGCCAAGAAUUUAUUGUUUGUUUUGAAAAUGCGCGAGGAUGCAUUGAAAGAUUUCACCAAGAGCCAGAUUAUUUGGUUAGAAAACAAAAAGAAGCAAGACAAUACCGACGUGUCGACGUUGAAGAAGAAGCAAAGAGGAGCGCUAUUGAAGCUGCAACAUGAGUGCGGGGAGAUGCAACGCAUGCGCAAGGCGCUGCUCACCCUCUCCGAGAGGCGCAAGGCGGCUCUCAUGAAAACCAGGAACAGCAUCGAGUUGAAACUCAAGAACAACGUUGACGUGGAACAGAUUCUCUUAGGGAAAAAGAAGCUGAAGAGAAAUAUUUCUGCCGAUCGGAAUGUAGCUCCUCUCAAAUGCUUUGACUUGUCGAGCAGUGGGUGCGAGGAGAGCUCGUCGUCCAAGCCCAGGGAGACGCCGGUCCCUCUGCAGGAGCUCCCGCCCGCGAGCGCCUGCGCCGAGAAGUGCGUGCAGACGGGGGACAGCAUCUGCGAGCCCGCGGGGACCGCCGACCAGGCCACGGACACGGCGGCCGAAAACUUCGUAGCCGUUGACGGCGCAUAUUUAAACAUAAUCUUUCAGAAUCUCUCUUUACCCCAAAUUUUUAGCUACGGAAGGCAAUACGAAGUUAACGAGGAAGCCCUUAGGAAUAUCCUGGAAUCAUCCAACAAGGUUCACCUUAAGGACAAUUGCGACAGUGAUGUUCUUGAAAAUUUCAUGGAUAAGAUUCGGAACCGUGACUCGGACAAGUCCUCCUCGGCGUCGACCGCCCACAGCCUCGUAGACGAGUUCGAUCUGUACUACAAGGGGCUGAGUGACCGUAGUAAGUCACCUGUGGACUCUCCUGACCCUGAGCUUCUCAUUACCAGUCCGCAUAAUACUCCAUCGCGUGUAUACGAGCUUUCAGAGUCAUGUGUUCAAACAAUGGAUAUUAAGCAGGAUCACAAUGUAAAAACUAGUGUAGAGAAACAGGAAAAUAUAUUCCCAGAGAAAGUGAACCCUGUGUCGAGCUCAGAAACUUUGAUAUGUGAACAGAUUUGUAUAUGUGACUCCUCUAACAAUUCUGUAGAAGCAGAGUCGUUGAAGAAUGGUGAUCCUAUAGUGACUCAGACGCAAGCGGGCCCUUUGCCGGUGCCGCCCGGCGCGGCGUCUCCCGAGCCGCUCACUACAGAUGGCUCCGACUCUUCGAUCAUCAGUUUUGGCAGCAGUAUAAGAAGCGACGCGCAAAGCCUGGAGAGCGUGUCGUCCUCGUCGGGCUACAGCGAGGUGGAGGAGCUGCGCCGCCAGCAGCUGGCCAUCGAGAGAGAGAUAAAAGCUCUAGAGCAGCAACAGAAUCAGGCACUAGUCGUCCGAGAGAUACCCGACAAGCCUCCACCUCCAUACACGCCGCCCAACAACGCUCUAGCCAAAACUUCACGUAUGUUCGUCCUGAACGACGAUUUAGAAGAAAAAAUACAUCGCCACAUAGCGCACGGAGAGGAGUUCCAUUACGACCCUAGCGACGCGUUCAGCGUAUUCAUAAAAGACAUUUGCGAAGAAUCUCUAGCGAGGCAGAAGCAGGAAUUGAGCGACCAGCCGUGGGAUGCGUGCAACUUGUUGCCGCACCAGCAGGAGCUUAGCCCGGAGAAGAGAGGGCAGAAAACUAUUAGCGAAGUCAAACAAGUGCUGUCUGGUGUUUCGCCGCCUGUGGUUUCAGGGGUGGGUGCGCGGCGGUCGGACCACAUCGACGACAUCCUGUUCACCGAGUGGCGGCGCUGCGAGCCCGAGUGGACCAGCCUCCACUCCGAGGAGGCCGGCGUCAAGGCGCAGGUCUUCGAGAGCCUCUUCCAGAAAGUUCUCAGCGAGACCGUCGACCAAUACAAGCAGACCGUUCUCGGACUCAUCACCCCAGAUGCGAUGAACGAAAAAUCAUUCAGGAAAAAAAUUCUACCACCCAAAUUAGGAGAAUAGUAAAAUAAGUAACGUGUAAUCUAAUUAUAAAUUAUUAUUGCCAGCCUUCUGUUGAUCACUGGUUUAUAUAUGUUCUUAGUUAUCAUUACGUAUUUGUAAUAUUGCUAUAUAUAAAUACCUGUACUCGUAUCAUAUUGGAAAAAAGUCAUUAAUUAUUACUUAAUACAUACUAUUUGCUGUUUAUGAAAUA